AUGCUCGAUGCCUUUCUCGGCGCUCUCGGCGAUGGGGGGAGCCUGACUUUUCUCGAGGCUCUGGAUGGCAUUGACCCCGGUGGUGAAUCUCAGGCUGGUGCCGGUGGACUGGGAAUCGGUGACUACUAUGACUCUGGUGACUCUGAUUCUGAGUCUUCCUAUGACUCGUCGGUUGGAUCCAACGACGACGAGAACUAG